AGGCAGGGCCCUUUGCCCUCCUACCUCGGUAGCGACUUAUGCCCAGCCGGACCAGGCUUCCCCGCACCCAACAUCUCGCAGACUCAAAAUGCGUCCUCUCUGGCUCGCCUGGGCCUCGGCCUCGGCAGCGUCCUUCUCAGAGACAUGCCUCUCGUUCAAGCCCGAGUUCGCCGCUUCGACGCUCUCGCGACUGGAGCACAUCCCCGCCAACACGACGCUUCAGCUGGACAGCGUCCCGUCGUGCAACCGACGCAGCCAGGCGGUCCAGACGGAGCUCUGCCGGGUAGCCCUGCAGAUUGCGACCUCAGGGCGCUCCGGCAUCAGCUUUGAGCUGUGGCUGCCUGCGCAGUGGAGCGGGAGGCUGCUGGCGACGGGCAAUGGCGGUGUAGACGGCUGCAUCAAAUACGAGGAUCUCGCAUACGGCGCGGCCCACGGGUUCGCCGUCGUGGGAACCAACAACGGCCACAACGGCACGACGGGCGUCGAGUUUUUGAACAACCCCGACGUGAUCGAGGACUUUGCGUACAGAGCCCUCCACACUGGCACGUCGGCGGCCAAGAGCCUGGUCGAGGCCUUUUACGGCACCGCCCCUGCCCGGUCGUACUACAUCGGCUGCUCGCUUGGUGGGCGCAUGGGCAUCAGCGCUGCCGAGAGAUUCCCUGACGACUACGACGGCAUCGUGGCAGGGGCGCCUGCGGUCGACUUCAACAACCUGUACGGCUCACGCGCCAACUUUUUCACCAUCACGGGCGCGCCAGGGUCUCCUGACUACAUUCCGAUCGACACGUGGACGAGCGUGAUCCACCCAGAGGUCCUCAGGCAGUGCGACGGCAUCGACGGCGUCGUUGACGGCAUCAUCGAGGUACCCAGCAAGUGCCACUUUGACCCCUCGGUUCUUCUGUGCGCAGACCAAUAUGGCUGCCUCAGCGCCGCACAGGUCAAGCAGGUCCAGCAAAUCUACGCUCCAUACACGUACCCCGACGGCUCCCUCAUCUUUCCCCGCAUGAACCCCGGAAUGGAGCUCAGGGCGGUGGACGGACUCCUGGCCGGAAAGCCGUUCAGCUCGUCGGUCGAGUGGUUCCGAUACGCCGUCCUCAACAACCCCGACUGGGACCCCGCGACCUACACCGUCGACGACGUCAGGCUGGCCGAGCAGCUCCAACCGUCCAUCAAGACCUACCCCCAGACGUUGCCGUUCCGCGGCAAGCUUCUCGUCUACCACGGUGGCCAAGACCAGCAGAUCACAUCCUUCAACACGGAGCGGUUCUGGGACAUGGCGGAUCUUGGAGACGCCCGCUUCUUCCGCAUCUCGGGUAUGGACCACUGCGGCGGCGGGCCAGGGGCCUGGGUUUUCGGCCAGGGCGGCUAUGCGGCUGGAGUUUUCGACCCGGAGAGCAACGUGCUGGCCGCAGUGGUGAGGUGGGUCGAGAACGGUACUGCUCCCGAGACGAUCACAGGCACCAAGUAUGUGGCAGACGAUCCGUCACGGGGCAUCGACUUUCAGCGAGCCCACUGCAGAUAUCCAUUGGAGCAGACGUAUACGGGGAGUGGGUGGGAAUGUAAAUAGUGGCGUGGUUUUGGUGCAAGUGCUGGUCAAUGGGAAUAAGAACCAGGCGACGAACAGGAAUAAGAAUCAGGCGACGAAACAGAACAAGGGAAAUGUCGUCUGGGCCGUUCAGGGCAUUGGUUGGUGUUUGAGCCGUGUCCACUCAGCACGCAUCCAGUCUCUCGGACCAUCUUGCCUUUCCACCGAGCGCUGCAGCAAGGCUGUCGAUGGUAUCACCCGAGGCCGUGUGCUUAUCCAAUGGGUCACCCUCCAAUUCGAGUUUCUCGUCACUGACCUUGCGUAGCUCCUGAGUCACUCUGUAUGUCUCCUUAUUGGUCGCCUCGAG